AGAUAGAGAGAGGGAGGAGAAGCAGGAACAGUCGACGGGAGAGAGGGUGAGAGGAGGCGGGGAUAGGGUGAGCCAGACGGGGCGAAGCGAAAAAACUCGGACCGUAACCAACCCCAGCCCCCGCGGCCCUUCUAACGGACUAUCCACCGACUGUUCGCCGCUUCCCGAGUCGCCAAAGUCGGCAGGAAGCUGCCCGGACGUCCCCCCUCCGCUGGAACAAGUCGACGAUAUUUCCAGGCUUGCCUACUACACAGAAUAUGACAGACACCUAGCAUCUGCUGUGUCGGCGAGGAAAACCAUGGCGACGGCCUACCUGGACCCCAACCUGAACCACGCCCUCCUCGGAGGCGCCAAGUCGCGGCUGAGCGCAGGGGUGUCAGACCGAACCAUUGCCGGCUCCGUGGACAGGGUUCUCAAAGUCUUCCACCACUUUGAGACCAACACUGAGAACAGCUGCUGGUCGUCCAAUAUCAGAUAUGGAGACGCAACUGAUGUCAGGGGAAUCAUCCAGAAAAUUGUGGACAUCCACAAAGUGCGCUGGACGUCUUGUUUCGGGCUGCACCUCAGCAACAGCCAAUCCAGAGACCAGGUGCACUGGCUCCACCCCGAUAUGGGCGUUUCCCAAGUUAGAGAGAAAUACGAACAGGCACGACCAAACGAGGAGUGGAGGUAUGAAUUAAGGAUCCGCUAUCUUCCGAAGGGCUUCGUGCAGCAGUUUACAGAAGACAAACCUACACUCAACUACUUCUACCACCAGGUGAAGAAUGACUACAUGACAGAGAUCGGGGAUCAGGUAGAACAAGAUGUGGCUCUCAAACUGGGCUGUCUAGAAAUCAGGAGGUUCUUCAAAGAGAUGAGAGGAAACGCCCUGGAUAAGAAAUCCAACUAUGAACUACUCGAGAAAGAUGUCGGUUUGAGGCGUUUUUUCCCCAAAGACCUGUUGGAUUCAGUCAAGGCUAAAACUCUGCGUAAGUUGAUCCAGCAGACCUUCAAGCAGGUGGCCAAUCUCAACGACGAACAGUGCAUCCUCAAGUUCUUGGAGAUUCUUGCGCCGGUCCACCGCUACGACAAAGAGUGCUUCAAAUGUGCCCUGGGUUCGAGCUGGGUGAUUCAGGUGGAGUUAGCCAUCGGGCCAGAGGAAGGGAUCAGCUACCUCACAGACAAGGGAUCCACGCCCACCCAUCUAGCAAACUUUAACCAGGUCCAGUCCAUCCAGUACUCGUCUAUGGAGGAGAAGGACAGGAAAGGCAUGUUACAGCUGAAUGUAGCUGGAGCGGCUGAGCCUCUCACAGUUACAACAGCAUCACUCACCAUGGCAGAGAACUUGGCAGACUUGAUUGAUGGCUACUGUCGACUCGUCUCCAUGGACACUCAUUCCUUCAUCGUCCGUUAUCAGAAAGAGGGAGAGAGAGCGCUUCCUUCCAUCCCAAAAGUGUCAAACAAUGAGAAGAAGUCGGAAGCGGUGAGGAGCGGAGUCAGAGCGAUCUCCGUCUCAGACCUAGUGACAUCGACGCCUCCUAAGCCAACCAAGGCGCGGCGUUUCCUCCUCCCCUUUGUCUUCUGUUCAGAUUCGCCGCACAACGAGACUGAUGACUAUGCAGAGAUAGUGGAUGAAGAGGACACGUACACCAUGCCCUCCACGCGGGACUAUGAGAUCCAGAGGGACAGGAUCGAGUUGGGUCGCUGUAUCGGAGAGGGUCAGUUUGGAGACGUGCACCAGGGAGUCUAUAACAGCUCGGACAACCCCGCUCUACCUGUGGCCAUUAAGACCUGUAAGAACUGUACCUCAGACAGCGUCAGAGAAAAGUUCCUACAAGAAGCAUUGACAAUGCGUCAGUUCGACCACCCGCACAUCGUCAAGCUAAUCGGAGUGAUCACAGAGAACCCGGUGUGGAUCAUCAUGGAGCUCUGUACGCUCGGAGAGUUGCGUUCAUUCCUUCAGGUGAGGAAGUACAGUCUGGACCUGGCCUCUCUCAUUCUGUUUGCCCACCAGCUCAGUACGGCGCUGGCCUAUCUGGAGAGCAAACGCUUCGUACACAGGGACAUUGCAGCUCGUAAUGUUUUGGUCUCCUCAGUCGACUGUGUGAUGCUCGGGGACUUUGGUCUGUCCCGGUACAUGGAGGACAGCUCUUACUACAAAGCUUCUAAAGGUAAACUUCCCAUCAAGUGGAUGGCACCUGAAUCCAUCAACUUCAGAAGAUUCACGUCUGCCAGUGAUGUCUGGAUGUUCGGCGUGUGCAUGUGGGAGAUCCUGAUGUACGGCAUCAAGCCCUUCCAGGGGGUGAAGAACAACGACGUGAUCGGCCGGAUCGAGAACGGGGAGCGGCUGGCCAUGCCUCCGCAGUGCCCCCCCACCCUCUACAGUUUGAUGACCAAGUGUUGGUCGUACGACCCGAGCAAGAGGCCGCGGUUCACAGAACUCAAAACUCAGCUCAACACCAUACUGGAGGAAGAGAAGCUUCAGCAAGAGGAGAGACUUCGAAUGGAGAUGAGGAGACAAGUCACCGUGUCCUGGGACUCGGGGGGGCCUGAUGAAGCUCCACCUAAACCCAGUCGACCAGGAUACCCCAGUCCUCGCUCCAGUGAAGGGUUUUUCACCAGCCCUCAACACAACCACUUUCCACCGUCAGCUCAUGGUGGUGUAGGAGGAGUAGGAGGCAGCUUCCCUCCUGCUGAUACCUGGAAUCAACACAGACCUGAACACACUGCACUGUGGAACCCCGGGAUGGAGGAGGGUGGAUGUGUCGGCCAUGUUCUGAUGGAGGAGAGGCUGAUGAUGCAGCAACAACAGAUGGAGGAUGACCAGCGGUGGCUGGAGCAGGAGGAGAGCUUCAUGAAGACAGAGUCCAGAAACAGCAGAGGAAGCAUCGACAGAGAGGACGGCACACUACAAGCACCGAGUGGAAGCCAACACAUCUACCAGCCUGUUGGGAAACCAGAACACGUAGCUCCUCCUAAGAAGCCGCCCCGCCCUGGUGCUCCUGGUCACCUUGGCAACCUGGCCAGUCUCUGCCCUGUGGACAGCUACAACGAGGGCGUCAAGUUGCAGCCUCAGGAGAUCAGUCCUCCCCCCACCGCCAACUUGGAUCGUUCCAACGACAAAGUGUAUGAGAAUGUGACGGGAUUGGUCAAAGCUGUGAUUGAGAUGUCCAACAGGAUUCAGCCUGCAGCCCCAGAGGAGUACGUGCCCAUGGUCAAGGAGGUGGGUCUGGCUCUGAGGACUCUGCUAGCGACGGUAGAUGAGACGAUCCCUGUGCUGCCACCCAGCACACACAGAGAGAUCGAAAUGGCUCAGAAGUUGUUGAAUUCCGAUCUGGCCGAGUUGAUAGCGAAGAUGAAGCUGGCCCAACAGUAUGUGAUGACGAGUUUGCAAAAGGACUACAAGAAACAGAUGCUAAUGGCGGCUCACGCCCUCGCAGUGGACGCCAAGAACCUCCUGGACGUCAUCGACCAAUCACGACUCAAGAUGAUCACCCAGACACGCCAACAUUAGCCCCCUGGGGAUCCAAUCAAGCCUGGUUGCUGAUGAUGAUGUUGCAGUGGCGACGGAAGAGAACUUUUAGAUGGAUAUCAGUGACGGACGGAUGAAAAAUAUCAACUGACUGAAACAAUCAUCUCCCUCUUACCUUCAUCACGUCGUUUCCCCCCCCCCCCCGGCAACACUCUAUUGUUCGAUAUUGUGUUGUUUUAUACUUUUUGUCGUAUUAUUUUUUUUUUGCUUUUGUAUCCAGAUAAACGCUCGUCUUUCUCAUCAAGUAUCUUGAGAACACCAGUAAAACUUUUUUAAACCGUUGAGUCAGGCAGAGGUUCCUUCUGCAGGACCGUAUGGAUGUUUGGGGGAAUUGGACGCACGUCAUAAACACAAAACUAACACUCUCCGCACCGGCAGGACGUAAUAACUGGAACUGAAGAGCCAGAACGACGAGGAUAAUGAAGACGAUUUCAUAAUGUUGUUGUUUAAACAUUCUUUUAUAUCACUAUUGAUUAUUACUUCUCUUCCCAGCCUGGACUCUCACAGUAAGUCGACAGCUACUUCAGCCUUCUCUAAACGUGUACGUGCACAAAUGGAUUUACACUACAGCUGCUCGUUGUGAUGUCAUGAUUUCAUCUCUUCUUUUUCUUUUUUUUUCUUUCAAUCUUCCUCCCUGAAUAUUUCUAUCUCAGGCAUCGAUUCAUAAAACAUGAAAUAUGAAAGGUGAAUUUGUGAAGAACAAACUAAAUGUCUUUUUAAUGGUUAAAGAACAUUUCGAAAAAACUGCCACAGGCCACUUUUUAAGUUAACUACUUAGUAAAUAUACAAAGAAACUAUAUUUUUUACACAUUUCUGAGGCGCGAGUGAAAAAGGGAGAUGGGUGAAGGGGGGGAGUGGAGUGGAGAGGUGGAGGAGGGGUUUUCUUUUAUUUUCAUGGAGGUGCUAAUUGUAUCAGUCGUCCUGUGCCAAAUUAACUGAUACCAACUCAAAAAAAGGAACAUUUCACUUACGAUACUCUGAAUGUUUGUCAGUGUGUAUUUGAGUCUUAGACUGAAAAUAAAGAUGGACGACAUGACAGCUUUCCAAAAGUGAAGCCAAAACACCUCGACCGCCCCCUGCUGGCUGGCUGUUGUAUAGUUUGAAAAUACUGCGUCCUCCAUGUGAGUCAAUGGGACAUGGACCAGAGUAAAAAGUCAAAGUCGAAUGGACAAGCUGGUGUAUCUUCAGGAUUUCGCUACCAUGACUGCUUCUAGACUCCAACUGAACAAGAUGGCAGCGAUUCGUGUUCGAGAUAUUUUGGCUUCACUUCUGAACAGCGGGAGGAAGUGAAGACUUCUCGUCCAUCUUCACAAACAGUCUGAUUUGAGCCUGAUGUGUCGUCGUGUCCGUCAUGUUUUUGGUUCCUUUUGUCUUCACUUUCAUUUUCACUCAACAAUAUGCAACACAACAUUUCAGUUUCCUUAGUUUAGGAUCUUUACAAACUUAUUUUAGGGGUGAAUUACAGAUGCAUAUUAAUUUAUGAUUGGCUAAAAGUCAAUUAAACUUAAUUUGUGAGAAGUACGUAUCUGCCAGAAUCAGGUUCCAGCAAUUCAAGUGUAAUUACAUGUUAAAAACCAGCAUUUAUCUCCAAUACUCAGCGAGGAAACUGAAAAAUGAAGAAUUCUAAACAGAGUUUGGUGGAUCUGCUACACCAGCAGCUCAUCUGGUUCAAGAAGCCGGGGAUCAUGGGUAAUAUCCAUCUUUCAGUUGUGUCAGAGAUUAACAGGCUUUGUAUUUGUCUAUGUGAAAACAACUAAUUAAGAAAUCACCAUGUGUGGCUGCAGGGGGCGCUGUUGCUCCGUUAGAGUUACGUGUCGCUUAAAACUUUGGGCUGGAGACUGAAAUGCGAUUAUUGAUUUAAAAAAUGUGUCCAACAGGAUUUGCUCUUAUUUCUCCCCUCCAUGUCUUCCUCUAUCUUUCUACCUCCUCUAUCGGAGUUAUUUAUACCUUUUUAAUCCUUCUCUUCUUCUAAUCUGCCCCCCUUCGUUUUUCCUCUUCCUCUGUCCCCUGCGCUCUGUCCUCCUCUCCAUUCCACUGUUCCCUCUCCCCUGAGGUGAGCGGUAUUCUCAGGAAGGAGCCACAUGUACAGUUGCUAAACCAAGCAAAUAAAAACACUGUUAUCAUGAAGUA